AUGAACACCAUGGCCACAAAGAACAUCAUUGUAAAUGGUGCAUCGAGAGGUACGCAAGUCCAGUCCCCUGAUAUCAUCCAUUAUCUUCCACGUCGUCAAGACCCAGAGAUCGAGCUACUACAACUUCGGCCUUUUUCCACAGGCGUAGGCCAUGCAGUCGCUAUAGAUCUACUCUGGCCCGCUCUCUCAUGCAUCGUCCUCCUCGCCGCCCGCACCGUCGUCCCUCUCGAAGAACUUCAAGCCGCAUACCCCACCCAAGCGAUCUAA